AUGGGAGGGCGGCGGCAUGCUCUGCUCCAUCUCCGCCACCACCAACCGCUGCCACUCCCCCAUCGACCAGUCCCCACCCCCCUUUCGCACGCACCACGGCGCACAUGCCUCCCACUCACCACGGCGCACAUGCCUCCCACUCACCACGGCGCACAUGCCUCAGGAGGCGCAUGGGAGGGCGGCGGCAUGCUCUCUUCCAUCUCCCCCACCACCUCGCGCUGCCACUCCCCCAUCGUCCGCCCCCCACGCGCUCUGGCGCGCAUGAGGGCGCGAAGGUGGGUGCGCUCGUGGUGCAGGUGGUGGCGCAUGCGGGGGGAGUCCAGAUCAUGCAUCCAACUGAUGCAUGGGGGCCCCGCGGGGGGCAUCAGGGGCAUGGGGGGACGAGGGGUGCCAUGGGGGGCAUGGGGUGGCAUGGGGUGGCAUGGGGCGGCAUGUGGUGACAUGGGGGGGCAUGGGGGGGCAUGUGGUGGCAUGGGGUGGCAUGGGGGGCCAUGGGUGGUCGCGUUUCUUGACAUCUUCCAGGAAAAGGACCCAAUGCGAAGAGCAGCGCGCGCACCUGUACCAGUCGACCCAGCGCUCCCCGUGCAGCUCCAUCGUCGCCCUCUCCCUCCUCGCCUCGGGCGCGCUAACGCUGCGCGCGCCGCGCUCUUUCCCCUGCUCGCCCCACCCCAACCACCGCGCGCCCCAAGCCCCCAAGUUUCCGCUCCGCCAACACCUGCCAAGCGCCUCCGCCGAGACGCCAUCCUUCCGCGUGAGAAGGCGAAAGCGCGGUGGAAAAUCGCGCCCCAUGCGCGCAUCAGCGGCGGGGCCUCCCCCCUCCCGCGGCAGCAUUCCCCUCGGGAAUUCCGCAUGGGGCAGCCUGGGGAGGAGGCGCAAGAAUCUCCCCCCGUGCAUGCUCGCGCAGCACUAUGGGCGCUGUUGGCGGGACGCGCGGCUCAUACGGCGGUGGAGGGAGGUUGCUCCGUGUGCGCGAAGCAGGAGGCGAUGGAGGGGAGAUGCUGA